UCCGCGCACAUGACCGUCAGCUGGUCAGAGUCACGUGACGCGCAGCAGUGCGGAAGGGAGAACGAAGAUGGCGGAAUCCAAGAACUUCAGUAACGGAUCAAUAAUGGCUUUUAUAUUCUUUUUCGCCGCCUUUUUAGCUUCGGGGAGCAGCACGGCACAAGUUCCAUUUCUUAUGUGGUCUACUAAAAGUUUGCCAUCGUUGACUUCUCCACCGGCCGGACACAUAACAUCUAUGGAGGAGCUGGCCGCCUACCUCACGCCUGUGUUUGGCUCUGGCUCCAACACUGUGCUCCUGUUCCUGCAGGACAAGUUAAGCAAAGAUGACUUCACCCUGUUUGGUGGAGUGUUUGGAAACAAAGAGGAGAGUGCCUUUAGGAACCUUGAGGCUGCACUCCAGUCCUCUUCCUCAUCAGUGAGUUUUCCUGCUCUAGAGUGGACAGGAGAGUCUGCCAUCCCCACCCUGCUGCAGCAGAAACUCGGCGCUUCCCCCCUGCUGGUCGAUCCAGACACUCUGUCUCACCUGAGCCUCAACACAUCGACCAGCAAUUUACUGAUCAUCAAUCUGCCUUACUGUAGCGACUCUCUCAAGUCUUGCAAGGAAGUCCUCUCCAACAAUGAUGAGAUUAUAGGGAAAGUUCUGAGUUCCCUCAAGGCCAAAGAUGUUUCCUACACUGCAGCAUACACAGGGCUGCAGCCAUCACAAGCGAUUUUAAAGUCAUCUUUGUUGAACCAGCAAGUGGGCCGGACCUUGUUACAAGCCCCUGCAGCUGAUGUUAAAGCGCCUAUAACAUUCAGUAAUACGACGGGAUUUCCCUGCAUUAUGCUGUGGGCUCAGAAUCUCUCCAUCAGCCCUCCAGGCUCAACGGACUUCAUCGACCUUGCUCAAGAAAACGCAACAGUCAUCGGAUCCAUGUGUAACAGCACCAAUUCAGAGCUUGUGCUCACCUAUGUGAACUACACUCUGAGGUUUGCAAUGAGUCAGCGGUUCUAUCCAGUUUCUGCUCGAAACUGGUUUACCCUGGACUCCGUUCAGGUUCAGGUGCAUUCGUCUGGUCAGACCGCGUCUUUUGUUGGGAGUCAUGGGAUCUACGCGCCUGCGGAGUAUUCUUUUCACUGCCAGUCGGUCAGCAGCGUCAGAGACACCCUGCUUGUCCCAGCCAACCAAAACGCCACUCAGUGGAAGCUGAAUUUCGUUGACUUCCAGAUUCAGGGUUUCAGUUUGGCCAACGGAACAAACUUUUCUUACGCCAGUGACUGCGCCAGUUUCUUUACGGCUGGGAUUUGGAUGGGCCUCGUCACCUCACUGCUCAUGCUGCUAAUUUUUGUGUACGGCUUGCAUAUGAUCAUGCAGCUAAACACAAUGGACCGGUUUGAUGACCCCAAAGGUCCGACAAUCUCAGUUCCUCAGUCCGAUUGAAGCGUUCAUCCAAAGAUUCACUCCAGUGUCUUUCAGUCCCUGAUGAAGCUACCAUGUUGCUCCCACGUCUGGACCUCUAUAGAUACAGAUGCUUUUCUUCAGUUUUCUUUAGCGACUCCCUGGCAGAUGUUUUCAGAAUAAAACACAUUCCUUUUUUCCCCUCCAUAUUUUAAUGUCCCAAAAUGUAUAGUUAUAAAAUUUGAUUUAAUGUCCAUGUGCUAAAAAAAUGGUGCCUGAAACAAGCAGUUUGCACUCUUACCUGAGAAUGCCUUUAUUGCCAAAAUGCAUGUGUUCGCUGAAUGCUGGCUGGAACAUUACAGACCUCAAAUCUUGCUUUUCUAUUCAUAUACUAGCAUGACUAGUAAAAAAAAAAAUGGUGGCUGUGUAAAAUAUCUAUUUUUCACUUUUCAGGGUUCGGCCACAUUAGUUUAUCACUGUUAUAAGAUAUUCUCUUAAACUGUAAUUUAUUUGUAAAA